AUGUCAAAUUCGGAAUCUGAGAGUGAGAGGUGUUCAACACCUGAAUAUAAAAAAAGGAAACGCGGUGAAAGUUCAAACACUGUAUCAAAAACGCAUCGAAAACAACAAUACCGCGCAGAAUGGGAGAAAGACUCUAGGUUUAAGGGUUGGCUCGUCAAGAGCAAAGAGGGCGAAAAGGCUAGGUGCCGUGCCUGCAAUGCAGAAUUUACUGCGGAAAUCACGGUGAUUAAAAAUCAUGCAAAGUCGUCAAAGCAUAUCUUAAAAAUAAAGGCAGCUCCAAAUACAACAAUUGCUAGUAUGUUGAAUAAGCGUGAAAAUGAAAUUUCUUUGCAAACUCAAAGCAAAGCUGCCGAAAUUAAGAUCACAGGAUUUUUAAGUGAACAUAACAUCUCCUUUAAUUCAGCUGACCAUCUCACAAAUCUAAUUAAAAGUUGUUUUCCUGAUUCGAAAAUUGCACAAGGUAUGUCAUUAGGAAGAAGGAAAGCUACUCAAAUAUCAAAACAUGUAAUAGGUGCCUGCGCCGAAGAAGAAAUUAUUUCAUAUUUAAAGUGCAACAAAUUCAGUUUAAUAAUAGACGAAUCGACAGACAUUUCAUCUGUGAAAACUUUGUGUAUUUGUGUUCGUUUUUUCCAUCCCAAAAUCUGUAAAAUUACCACGCUUUUUUGGAAACUUUUACAAAUUUUUUCUGGUGAUGACCCUGACAAAGCAAAUCUAGGUGCUACUAGUCAAAGGCUAUAUGAAGAAAUAAUUGGACUCCUUUCAAAAAACUCCAUCCCCCUCAAGAACAUGAUAGGUUUCGCUUCGGAUGGCUGUAACACCAUGUUUGGGAGUAAAAACUCAGUGGCAAGCAAAUUAGCGAACGAUAUUCCAGGAUUGAUGCUUCAAAAAUGCGUAUGUCAUUCUUUACAUUUGUGUGCGAGUGAGGCAUGCAAACAUUUACCAAGAAGAUGUGAGGACUUGGCCAGAAACGUUUAUGGCUUUUUCAAACAUAGUGCCAAAAGGCAAGCGAUGUUUAAAGAAUUUCAGGAUUUCUGCAAUACCGAGCCUCAUAAAAUUCUAAGACCAGCACAAACUCGAUGGUUGUCAUUGUUGCAAGUAGUUAAACGAAUCUUGGAACAGUGGGAGCCAUUGAAAUUAUUUUUUAACGCUUGUUAUUUGGAACAUCGCCUUAUAGCCAGCGAGGAAAUCCAUAUUGCUCUCAAUAAAAAAGAGAUUAAAUUAUUCUACAUUUUUUUGGAAUGGGUUCUUCCAAAAUUUGUUGACUUGAAUAAGUACUUUCAAAGUGAAAAUGUCGUAAUUUCACACUUACAUGACAAGAUGGUUAUGUGUUACAAGGAAUUAUUAUCAGCUUUUGUGGAACCAAAUUACAUACACAAAACAGACAUUGGCAAAAUUGAUCCAAGUGAUACCACCCACUUUCUGCCAAUUGCAAACAUGUAUCUGGGCAUUGGAGUGUUUCAAAAUAUUGACUCGUUGGAGCCUGAAAUCAAGAUGGAUUUUCUUGAACGCUGCCGUAAGUUUUUGAUCACAUCCUGCCUCGAAAUUAAAAAACGAUAG